AGAGAGAGAGAGAGAGCGAGAGAGAGAGAGAGAGAGAGAGAGAGAGAGAGAGAGAGAGAGAGAGAGAGAGAGAGAGAGAGAGAGAGAGAGAGAGAGAGAGAGAGAGAGAGAGAUCUGCUUUUUGGGGGCAAAAUAGUUAUUUCCCAGUCACCACAAUCACCGGACACUGGUACACGCAGAAGUAGGAUCUCCCGUUCAGAACAGAUAAGGGGGACCUUAUCAUUUUCUCAGAAUCCCUGCGUCUGGCAACCUGGAAGUGUUUGUGGAGAAGCACAGUGUGGCACUGCUGGAUGUAUUUUUUUUAAAGGAGAAAUAUUCAUAUUCCGCCCAGGAUUUAUACCGUUAUUUAACUAUUUAACCUCGCUCUUUAUUCAAGCGGACUCAGCUGCAAGGCUCGUCAUGGCGGAUACCGAGGAAGGCUUUGGGCUCCCAAGUACCCCGAGUGACUCAGAUUCAAAGGAGCUGCAGGCUGAAAACAAACAAGAGAGCCAGAUCGGAGUCUCCAGCAAAUCUCCCUCUCCCCAGACAACAUACACCCAACAGGGAAUGGAAGGAAUCAAAGUUUACUUACACGAACGAGAGCUGUGGGUAAAAUUCGAUGACGUUGGGACAGAGAUGAUUAUAACCAAGGCGGGAAGGCGCAUGUUUCCAAGUUACAAAGUAAAGGUGACUGGCCUCAAUCCAAAAACGAAAUACAUUCUCCUGAUGGAUGUAGUUCCAGCAGACGACCACCGCUACAAAUUCGCUGAUAACAAGUGGUCUGUGACUGGCAAGGCAGAGCCAGCAAUGCCCGGAAGGUUGUACGUGCACCCCGACUCGCCGGCGACAGGAGCGCAUUGGAUGAGGCAACUAGUCUCUUUCCAGAAACUGAAGCUCACCAACAACCACCUCGACCCGUUUGGUCACAUUAUAUUAAACUCCAUGCACAAAUAUCAACCAAGACUGCACAUUGUGAAAGCAGACGAAAAUAAUGGAUUCGGCUCCAAAAACACGGCCUUUUGCACUCACGUCUUUCCUGAAACGGCCUUUAUCGCUGUCACAUCCUACCAAAACCACAAGAUCACACAGCUAAAGAUUGAGAACAACCCGUUCGCAAAAGGUUUUCGUGGAAGCGAUGAUAUGGAAUUGCACAGGAUGUCAAGAAUGCCAAGUAAGGAGUACCCAGUGGUCCCUCGCAGCACAGUCAGACAGAGAGUGGGCUCCAAUCAAAGCCCUUUCGGGGGUGAUGUGAGAGGUCUGCCGACUCCCUCUAACCUGGGCUCCCAGUACCAGUGUGAAAAUGGAGUCUCCAGCACCUCCCAGGACCUGCUGCCCCAAAGCAGCCCCUACCCCCUACCCCACGAGCACAACCAGAUCUACCAUUGCAAGAGGAAAGUAGAGGAAGAGUGUCAGCCAGGAGACCACACUUACAAGAAAGUGUACAUUGAGAACUCUCCCAGCGAUGAGGACUCCUACUACCGAGCAGGGGGCUACUCCCAUCCACCAGGACUGAGUGCUGCCUCCUACAGGACUGAGUCGGCACAGCGCCAGGCCUGCAUGUAUGCCAGCUCAUCACAAGCGGCAGAGCCUGUGCCUAGUCUGGAGGACAUUAGCUGCAACACCUGGGCCGCCGUGCCACCCUACAGUGGAUGCCCAGUGACUGCCAUACAGCCGAUGGAAAGGCUGCCAUACCAGCACUUCUCUGCCCACUUCACUUCCGGUCCACUCAUGCCUAGGCUUAGCGGAGUGGCCAGCCAUGCCUCUCCCCAGAUCACAGACACCCACAGCAUGUACCAGAGCUCCAUGCCCCACCAGCCCAUUGCUCGGCAGUGCAUACCCCAGACGGGCAUCCAGUCCCCCAGCAGUGGACUCCAAGGCAGUGAGUACCUGUACUCCCACGGCAUGCCACGCAAUCUCUCCCCCCAUCAGUAUCACUCCGUCCACGGUGUCAGCAUCGUGCCAGAGUGGAACGAGAUCAGCUAAUCAGAAAGGGGGAAGGAGGGCAAGAAAAAUAAGGUGAAAUCAAAUGACGUUAAUCAAUGUUUGCAUUUCACAAGAACAAAGCUGCCUUUGAAAACGAUACAGAAUGCUGCUUAAACGGCCACUGAAGAUCUGCUUUGGUUUCUACUGUGUUUUCAAUACGCCGCCCUUUUGAGACUCCAUAUAAAGAUGUUAAACAGGAGCCACAAAAUCAAUUUUAAGAAGGACAUCAAAAGGUGUCAGAUGAAGGCUUUGAUUUGCCAUCGGACAAUAACAUCGCAAGUUGAUUGGAAGCCAAAAACUUUUACCUGCAGAUAAAAGAAUCAAGGUCAGCAAAAGAGCCACAGAUCUGAAAUCUGAGACGUGCAACUUUAAACGGCCAAAUGGUAUUCACUUCACUCCUGCCUGUGUUUUCAUUGUAAUCUUUUGCAUUUUUUUUUCUUAGAACUAUGAACCGUUAUACUCCGUUCACACUGUUAAGUUGCAAAGUGUGGCAAGCUGGUCCUAGUAUGUUUUGGCACUACGUAACUUUUAUUUAUUGGCAUCUGUGUCUGCAACACACAGGGGCCAAGUCAACUGCAGGUACAAUAAAUACAUUGUGGUACUAUUUUAUUGAUCCAGACAGCUACAGAUCAUAGAACUACGAGACAUGCUGUAGUGCAGAACUCUUUCCCACAUAUUUUGUAAUAUUUAGUGAUGUUGCAUCUAUAAAGUUGGGCUAUAAAGGUUAAAGAAUGGCAUUAGCUCUGCAACUGUUAAGAUCAAUAAAAUAGACCUCAAUGCAUCAGAAAAAGGAUUCUCUUGGUACUAAAUAGGUUAAUUGCACUUUUUCACAGAAGUGACACAAAGUGUAAAGUUACUUUAUAGCUAAUCUCUGGUCUAAUGUAAAUUACAGUGGACAGGAAAUAAAGUUACUGUGUGAUUGACUCUACCCUAUGAUUGCCAAUUGCUACAGUUGAGAUAAAGUCAAGCAUGCCUACACCAGUAUUAUUAAGUGAUAAGUCAGGCGUUUACGUUGUACUCACCAUACAUCUACCUACAUGUUUAGUUAGCUAUAGUAAACUUGUAUACAUUGUAUAGAUUCAUGGGAUUUUUAAAGAAAUAUAUAGAAAUGAAAUAUUAUUUUUGCAGUAAUUGCAUGGAUCAGAUUGUUCAAGUCAAUCAUACAUUGUAAGCAUGACAAAGGUUGAAAUGUUAUAGCAGAAAUGUUUGUCUUCUUAUCAUUUUUUGCUCACAUUCUCUAAAAAAAAUCACAAAGCCCUUAAAAAGUUUGCUUUUAACCAACAAUGAUAAAAGCCUAGAGAAGCACAGUAAAAACAUUACAAGAUAUAUAUAAAUCUAAACAGAAGCUAUAUUAUUGAUAUUCAAGUCUAGCAUAAUCAUCAAACUACUGUGGUAAAAGCAUAACAACUGUGGUAAACUAUGGUAAACCAAUGUACACGCAUGAGGGGAUGAUACACAGCAGUGAAAAUUUCUCAUAUCUUAUAAGGGAAUGAAAUACUGGCAUUAAUGUCACUCCAAAGAAAGGUUUAAGUCUGUUUUAGACAGCUCUGUCUUUAUAAACAGUGUCACCAAACAGGCAGUUUUUUGUCCUAUAGAAUUUUUGAACCCCCCUGGAAAAAAAGACAAAAAAUGAAAUAAACUGAUGUGUUUCACAAGCAAAACAUUUAGUUCUAAGAAGAAAAAAGAAAAAGGAACAGCUGAAAUGGCUCAUCCACUUAAAACAACCCAGCGGUACUUAUAAACAGUGUGAUGCUGAUGAAUGUCCUAGUGUUCUUGAAGCUGUUUUUUUUAUUUUCUACUCCUUUAUUGUCUGCUCUUGCACAGCUGAUUUCUUUUCCAUAUUUCGCUGGCAUUUCUUCCAGUCUAAACAAAACCAGAUACGUUUUUCAAGCUAGCCACUCCAAGGGUUAGAGAUUGGCAUUUCUGUUAUGAAAUUCAACAUCCAAACCUGUAAUCAAAAGCACUUGAACACUGAAGGAGAAAUGUCUGACUAUGCAUAAAAUGGAAAACAAAAUGACAAAUAAAUAAAAAAACAUCUAUCGCACAGUUUACCAGUGUACAUGGAAGGUGUUGAAUGAUGACGCAGGUCCUAGGGUGCCAGUGCCUGGCUGCAUUCACACAUAUAGUGCCUGGUCACUGUAUCACAUAUCAGGUUGGGUCGCUCUUUUCCCUUAAUCACAGCCUUGAAACAAUGUAGCAUCCAUGAGGUGCUAGAUAAUAUCUCAAGGGAUCGGUUCAAUCUUGAAGACAUUACCCAAUUGCCAAGCUAGGCAGAGGAUCAUAAUGACAUAUGCGUCUUUCAAGUUCAUCCCAAACAUGCUCAGUUAGAUUGAGAUCUGAGGAUUGUGGUGGCUAUGGAAGAUGCCUGAUGUCAAGCUCCUCAGACCAUUUGUGCACAAUUGUGACACGGUGGAUAGGUGCAUUAUUGAAAGCAUUGGGUGAAAUUGAACCAUAAUUAAGUAAAUUGCUUGUCCCCAUACCAGGGCAAUGCCUAAGCCAAUCGGGUGGACAGGUCAUUCUAAUGUGGCCAGACAGUUUAAGUUUCUGAUCCACUAGUUGUGGGAGUCAUCCUGAACUACUGAAUCUAAAGGGCAGAACACAGCAUUUUCACCUUUUAGUGGAUGUCAAAAAAAAAUACUUGACUUGUUUCACAAACCCUGUUUAGCGCUAAUCUUGGACUACCUUACCUAAAAUAACAUUAGGCUGUCCUGGAUUCGUGCUGAUCAGGCUCUGUUAGUCUCUGUUUACAACAGUAAAAGAGCAUCCAGGUUAAACUUGAUUGAAACAAAUCCCUGAUGAAUUGAUAAAGAGAAAGAGCAGGGUGGAAUUCAACUGCAGUCAGACCCGUCUUACUAGCCAGUUCAACAGAAAACUAACAAAAAAGGAAGGCAUCUGAAAACAGCAACUAGUUAGUGACUAGUUAAAGAGUUAGUGGCUAACGGUUCAUUCAGAUUUCAUUCAGUAAUGUGUUUCUCAUUCUAUGAUACUCUAACCUACUCACCAUGCUUAUCGGUAUUGAAUUCCCGUUGUACAGAGCAUAUUUAAAAAAAACAAAAAACUAUCCUGGCCUUGUACUUUCAACUGAAUAUCAUAUACAAUCACAGGGAAUGUCUGUUUUAUUCUGAGGAGCUGCUAAGUUCCUUAAUUAUCAUGCCUGAAAAAUAAUAACAGCGAUUAGUGUGUUUAAAGAGAUCUGCAAAGUACAGCCUCAGUUUCUCUCAAACACCUUUGUAUGUUCCCUUUUUUUUUAUAACAUUUCUAGUUUUGCUUGUUUUUUUUUUUUUUUUUUUUUUUUAAGAGUUAUUGUAAGGAGAAAUGGUGAUUAAAAAAAACACAAACAGAUUAAAUUAUGUAUCAAGCAAUAAGUAUUGUUUAUUGAAAAAUGAAAUGCAACAGUUGCUUGUAUUAAGUAUUAGUAUUGUUCUUGUUCAUAGUAUUUAUUGUUCUAGCAUUAUACAAACCAAUUGUUUCUAGUUUGUUGGAAAUCAUAUAUUGUUAGAAUUUUUUAAAAGAACAAAAAAGAAGUGGAAACAAAUGUGUUAUAGAAGUCUGGUUAAAAUGUAAUUGUUGUAUAAAGAGAUGGAUUACUUUGUUGUUUUGGGUGUAAAUAAACACAAAUGUAUAUACAGAACUGCAAUAAAUUUAACGUU